AUAUUUCACACUGUAUGGAUCAAUCUUCUUAAAUCAUGACGCUGUAAGCCUUGAUCUCCKGCUCUCUAAAGUAUGGUGACACCUUCUGGCGAACUUUCAUCCAAAUCCUCUCUGCUGUUGGCCUACUUUUUUUUUUUUUUUUUUAAUUCAACUUCAACCCUGCUGCUGAUUUGCAGCACCAGCCUUUUGGAAAACCAUCCUCCUCAAAACUUUUCAGCUUCAGGUGUGGCGUUAACGCGCAAACACGCCUGUAAAUAAAUCCGAACUUGAAGAGUAACUUCCUGAACCCGAACCGCCUGCAGAUACAGAGGCCCCCGAGGGACAACAUGCCCAACAACGCGGCUCUGGCUGUGGGACUGGGACUCGGAGCCGUCCUCCUCACGCUUCCCUCAAGUGAUUUCCACCUGGAGGACUGGGGCUUUGCGAAGCGGCUCGUCCUGUGCGUGGCGGCCGGAGUCACCGUCCUGGUUCUGGUCCGGCUGCACCGGCUGCUCUUCCAGCCCCUGGAGCUGCUCCGGACCCCGGAGGAUGUGGGAUACAUCGCCGAGGACGGGCGCAGCAAGGCGCGGGCCGCGAACGAGGCGCGUCGCCGGAGGAAAGUCGGGGAGCUGCCGCCGGUUUACCCGAACGGCUGGUACCGGGUUCURGACUCCCACAUGCUGGGCCGGGGAGAGGUCAGAAGCGCCUAUAUUCUAGGCUYGUUUCUUCAGGAGAUUCCAGAAAACGGAGCGGACAUCGCUCACCUGGGUCACCUGCACACUCCGGGCCUCCCCAGCGGAGUGGAUCUGCGCUACAUCAACAGCAAAACCUGGGAGUUUGUGCGACACGACUGGAAGGUUGAAUGGGAUCCGGAGCCUGAGCCCAACAGUCACUGCGCUCAGAUGAGGGUCAAUCAUUCACUCACCUUGUUUGGCUGCCGUUU